AGACAAGGAGCUACUCGUUUCCUGGAGGAGGCGGGGACCCCACGCAGGCGCUAGCGCAGGCCUGCAGACAGCAACUUGGCGGGCAGACUAGCUGUAAUGCAGCCCGAACGCGGCGGCAGGCCCCGAAGGGGAGGCGGAAGACAAAACCGGAGGCGGCCGACCGGUCGGGAUAGGCCGACAGAAGGCGCCCGAGCUUGCGGUGAAGACGGCCCUAACCCGGGAGGCGGGAGCCGAGGAAGAGGCCGAGGACACGGCAGGCGAGACUCCCGUGGCAGAGGAGCCGCUGUAUCUUCCUCCGCUCCUUAUUGUUACGAGCCGGCUGCUGCUGAUCUAGAAUUGCAAGAAGAGGAAAAGGAAGAACAAGGAAGUUAUUCAAGAAGAAAGGUAGUUUCUAACUGGCAUCGUUAUGAAGAUGCUGAGAAGGAAGCACAAAGUGACAGCAGUGAAUCUCAGCGUGGGACAGACUUUAGUGUUCUGCUUAGCUCUGCAGGCGAUUCCUUUACACAAUUCAGAUUUGUGGAAGAAAAGGAGUGGAUCACAGAAAACCUUUCCUCUAAACAGUUACCUGGGUUCUAUGCUGACUGCCAGUCUUUGGCCCAAGCAUUUGAUGAGCUGCCUCUGCAUCUCAAACUAAAUGUGGCUGCUGAUCUGGUGCAGGAUGCAAUGCCUGCCACACUUCCCACAAUUAAAUCAAAAAGUAAUAACAUCUCCAAGAGGAGUGGUGCUCAGUUACAGAAGCUUGUGGGGCAAAGUCCAGUAGCGCCAAGCAGUUGCUCUGCUACCCUCUCUGCUGCGCACUUGAUCCAGCCUAAUAAAGAUGGAUUUGAAAUUAUUUCUUCAGAGGCCCUCCAGAAAAGCCCUUUAGUUUCACACCAAGAAACAGAUCAAUUGGACAAAGACCUUGAUUUGCUUCUGAAGUUGGAUGCUCCUGUUGAUUUUGAAACCAGCUCUGCAGUGGAAGCUGUGUCCCCUGCUGAAGAGAUUGAGGAAGAUCUGAAAAUGUCUCAUGAAGAAAAUGUCUUUUUAGAACUUGAUGGGCCUGGAGAAAAAAGUACAAUAUCUCAACAGCAGCAAGUUGUAUCUAAAAGUAUUAGUGAGGAAGACCUUGAAGACUGGUUGGACAGCAUGAUUUCCUAAGACCUGCAAUUUGGCUGUUAUACUGGCAACUGAAAAAUGAAUUAAGGUAACAGUGGCAAUAUAUGAAAUAUUCAUUUGCCAGCAUUCAAAUUAAGUAGCUUUCAUCCUGAUUUCUAAUUAUAUUGCAUGACAUUCUGAAACAACAUAUGUGGACACCUUAUCAGCAGACAAUUAUUUGUAUCAAAAUGUUUAAAGAAAUGUAAUUAUAUUAAUCUGGAAUUCCUGUAGAAAAAUUCAGAGCUAUAUAAAUGUCUUCGGCUACAGCCUAACACAGAUAAAACCAAAACAUUUUCUGGCUUUUGUGCAGUUGUAAAAUAUAGCUUGUAAAUGCAAUUGUGUUAAUUCUGCAGUUUCUAACACAGCUUUCAGAGUGGUUUCUAACAACAUAUAAUGAAGUAUGACAAAAUAGA